AUCCCAGGCAGCACUCCUCCGUAGCAGUAGCGCAGUACACAGCCGGCCCGCCCGCCCCUGGUGCCGGAUCCUCCUCCCACACUCCGACACACCCAGAGCCGCCGGAGACAUCAAACUCACCCGAAACCCGAGCGGCAGCACCCCGGCGAGCGGCGACAUGAGCAAAGCCAAGACCCCCACCACCGACCCCCCGGCCAAUGGACAGCCAGGGGCCCCGGAUCCCCCGGCAGAGACCCCCCAUCACAGCGAGGACCCCGCCGCAGCCAAGGCCUUCUAUGACAACCUGGCCCCCAAGAAGAAACCCAGACUGGUAUGUAGGGUCCACUGCCUUGCCCCCGGGUCUGCAACCCUCUGAGUGCCAGGGGACACCCCCAAUAAUGGCACCCAGGGGGUUAACUAUCCCUGAAUUCUAAUACUCCAGCACUGAGAGGGUUAACUAUCCCUGAAUUCUAAUACUCCAGCAGUGAGAGGGUUAACUAUCCUUGAAUUCUAAUACUCCAGCACUGAGAGGGUUAACUAUCCCUGAAUUCUUAUACUCCAGCAGUGAGUGGGUUAACUAUCCCUGAAUUUUAAUACUCCAGCACUGAGAGGGUUAACUAUCCCUAAAUUCUAACACUCCAGCACUGAGAGGGUUAACUAUCCCUGAAUUCUAACACUCCAGCACUGAGAGGGUUAAAACCCCAUGGCUGAUACUUUUAUUCUACUUCAACUCUAGACUGAAUACGUAUUCUCUCUCCAAGAUUUACAUUAAUCUUUUUUUUCCCAGCUCUGCCCAAGAUGCACAUUUAUUAUUUAUUACUUUUAUUUUUCAGCCAAAGCCCCAGAAUGCUGUGACCAUCGCAGUCUCCUCCAGGACCCUGUUUAACAUGUCUGAGGAUAGGAAAGUGUAUGAGGAGGAAGGGGUGGAGAAAUAUGUACAGCUACAACAGGACCAAGAAGAGGUGCCCUUACAGACAGGGCCUGCAUACCCCUUUGUGAUGGUAAAUAUCCUGUCUAAACAUGUUUACAAUAAGAUACAUAGUACAAAAACACACAAACUCUGAGAUUUCAGUAUUUGGCUAUGGGCUGGCUGAGCAUGGUGGGAGUGAUCAGCUGCAUGCCUAGCUGUGCCUGCUUAGGGGGUGGGAUGUGGUGUCACUCUGGGUCUCUUCCUCAUAUCUGACAAGUCAUGCUUCAGGUAUUUGCAAGGGUGUGUCUGUGAACAGAUACUUCAUUAGUUAGACAGAGAAUAAAAGGAAGCUAGGCCUGGCCAGGGCUGUAAAUGUCAACACCCAGAGAUGGCAGAGAUAGGAUUCACAGAGAGGUGAAAGUAUUGCAGGACUUUUUACAAAAGUCUUGACUGCAGUAAUCCAAAGUACAUAUCAACACUUUAGUCCAAGAUUGCUAAAAUUAAAACAUGGUUAUUGUGAGGAUUAACGGUACAGCUAUAUAUUGUAAUCUAGAAUUUCAAAAUCACUUACAAUUCAAAGGAUUCUUACGUAAGUGAUUAAAACUGCAUGGUCCAGUGCUGCCUGAGGUUAGUGGGGGUUAGUGUCGCAUGGCCGCUAUUUCAGCUGCUGUCAUUAAAGGGACACUACGGGCACCUAUACUUUAAUGCAUUUGAUAAUUUGGGGGAAUUUCUUUGUUUUGUUUUUUUUUUUGCAUGCUCAAAUCUUUAUAGUUUUUGCAUAAAAUAAAUGUUUUGCAGAAUGCUGCACCAUAAGCCUGUAUGUUUAGCCAAACACCCUUAUUCCAAAAGUGGACUUGAAUUACAAAGCAACCUGAAUUAGUAGGAGAGGACGCCCAGGGAGGCACAUAGUAAUUAUAUCACACAAACUACCUGUUUUGUAGUUUCUCUGAUUUUCUGUCUCCCGGUAGUGCAUUAAUAGCAGUUCAGUCAGUGCUAUUGGGGCUGAGACUGUGUGCAAAUGUUUUGAUAAGGAAGUGUUUCUGAAAUGAGGGGUUGUGGCUCAUGAGGGGGGCUUAUGGUGCAGAAUUCUGCAAAACAUUUAUUUUAUGCAAAAACUAUAAAGAUUUGAGCAUGCAAAAAAAAACUUUAUUUUGUUAUGUGCAAAAACUAUAAAGAUUUGAUCAUGUCAUGCAAAAAUAUAUACUCUAUUUUCUGGCGUAUAAGAUGACUUUUUUAACCUUGGAAAAUCUUCUUCUCCAAAGUCGGGGGUCGUCUUAUACGCCGGGUAUAGGGUCUAUAUGGCUGCCGGGGGCGCCCCCAUCGCCGGCCCUUCUAAUGCUGCAGCUGCCUGAGCGCUCUAUAGAGAGCGCUCAGACGGCUGCCGCACUCCCUCUCUUCUCACCUCCCCUUCCCUGUGUAGCGUGGGUGGCCGAGCUCCUCUUCAUCCUGUCAGUCCGGCCGGGUACCGCGCGGUACAGGAGAUUCAGUUGCCUGUUCCCGGCCGGACUGAAAGCUCUGUCUGCUCACUGUACAUCAUGGCUAAUUUUUAUUUGGUGUGCAUUGGAAGAGGGGUAGUCUUAUACGGCGAGUAUAUCCCAAACUCUAUAUUUUAACUGGAAAAGUUGGGGGUCGUCUUAUAUGCCGGAAAAUACGGUAGCAUAUUCAUGAGGCCAAAACCUAUCAAAUGCAUUCAUUUUCUCUUGGUGGCUGGAGUGGUGUCCCUUUUAAAAUGGUUUCGGAUACUGUAUGGGAGUGUAACUCCCACUAACCUUGGGCAGACUGAGAUGUGUGUCCCAGUUCUGCUUGAGAUUAGUUCCCCCAGAUGGCACGGAAGUUGUCUAUGCGUUACUUGUUCGUUUUUGUUUUUUUUGCCGGUGCCCUGUGAAACAGCUUCCAGGGACCAGUCUACUUUGAGUUUCUAAUGCUGAAAUUAGGCCAGUAUUUAAAGGGACACUAUAGUCACCUGAACAACUUUAGCUUAAUGAAGCAGUUUUGGUGUAUAGAACAUGCCCCUGCAGCCUCACUGCUCAAUCCUCUGCCAUUUAGGAGUUAAAUCCCUUUGUUUAUGAACCCUAGUCACACCUCCCUGCAUGUGACUUGCACAGCCUUCCAUAAACACUUCCUGUAAAGAGAGCCCUAUUUAGGCUUUCUUUAUUGAAAGUUCUGUUUAAUUCAGAUUUUCUUAUCCCCUGCUAUGUUAAUAGCUUGCUAGACCCUGCAAGAGCCUCCUGUAUGUGAUUAAAGUUCAAUUUAGAGAUUGUGAUACAAUUAUUUAAGGUGAAUUACAUCUGUUUGAAAGUGAAACCAGUUGGGUUUUUUUCAUGCAGGCUCUGUCAAUGAUAGCCAGGGGAGGUGUGGCUAGGGCUGCAUAAACAGAAACAAAGUGAUUUAACUACUAAAUGACAGUGAAAUUGCAGGGGAAUGAUCUAUACACUAAAACUGCUUUAUUUAGCUAAAGUAAUUUAGGUGACUAUAGUGUUCCUUUAAUUAUAGAUAAUGUAUGCUGACAGCUUUGGCAGUCAACACCUUAUUAUCUAAGAGGCAGCUUGCUUCUGAUAAAUUAUAUAACUCUGUAAGUAAUAUCAGUUUUUCAUUGCAGCACUGUUUUUUUUUUUUUGUUUGUUUUUUAGGGAAUUGAUAGAGGUUUCUAACCUGGGGUACAGCCUAGCAUUGUGGUAACAUGUAUUUAUGGGCUAUAUAUCACUACAACUCCUUUAACUUAUAUCUCUUUACAAGUGUAAACCAGAAUAAUCUUAUUUACCCGUGUAUUCUGAACUCUUGUAAUGAAUUCCAUUCAGAAUAAUAACUGUAUACCUGCACGUUUCCCUAGAAUAAGGUAUAAAUAAAAUUUUAAACCCAUUUGAUAGACUCAUGUGGAUUUUCCACUAAAAUGCAAAUUUUGUUUGCCCAUAUUAUCUGAGCUGCAAGAAUUGUUAAAUUAGAGGAUUUUUCGAAUGCAAUGUUGGCCUACAGUUUGCCAUUUCUGCAAAAUUCUGAGAUUGUUUAAUAACUCAAUCAGGUCAGACACUUCUUAUACAGUUUUUGUAUUUCUGGUAUUCUGUAUUGCAUUUGCAGGUAGAGUGCUAGGUUUUGUUUUUUUAAUUGCAUUUUAGGUAUCUCCCAGAGGAUCAUGGGUGCUUAAUCAAGAACUGGAAAUUAAAACACUGACCUCACCUGCUAUAUAUUUACCUUAGAUGCACUCUGCAUGGUCCUGGGGCUUGCCAGUCAGUCUCUCUGUUAUGGAGGUUGCUAGGAACCCCCUCCAGAUCGUUGGCAUGCAUGUGACACUUAACUUUUUAACCCAAGUAAUUCUGGUCUGGUUUCGUUUUUUUUAAGUGAAAGUUCUUCUUCUGCAGUAAAUAUGUAAAUUUCAUCCCUGUUUGGAUAAAAUGUAUCUCAGCCAAUGAAUUCCAUCUGAACAUGGGCAGAAUCAAUGUCACUAAUACUAAUGCAAAAGUAGGAACAUCUCCAUUAAUGUUGGAAACAUGUUUUUAACUAUUUACCAUGGAACUGCGCCAGGGUACUCCUGGUACCAUAACCACUACAGCAGACUGUAAUGCUUAUGGUCCCUAGACUGUCCCUUUUUAAUAUAGAGAAUUACGUGGAAGUAAGGAAGUACACAAGGUAGAGAUCGUUUUUAAUACUUUCCAGAGAAGUGACAUCCCAUUAACUGUGCAAUUAUUAUUAAUAGAGACCAGGGUAAGUUAAUUCUAGUAAAGAGUGCUGUUCGCUGCUGUGUAAUGCGAUUUAUUUUACUUAGGAAAACUGCAUAUUGACGCUUUGAAAUGAGAAGCUAUGAAAUCUAUAGAAACUGCAGGACACAGAUUUCUUUUUUUUUUUUUCUUUUUUUCUCUCACGUAGCAACUUUAAGAUUGCAAAGCUGGAAAGCCCGCCUCAGGGGCCCACUAGUACAGGGCCACAUGUCUAGUAAACCGGUCACCCCUGCUUACUUGUUUGAAUGUACACGUGUACACCAAAUGUGCAGCAAGAAAUGCACUUUUGUGUAGAGCUGUUCAGGCUCUUAGAAGCCUUGGGAUAUUUUACUUGGGCGGCAGGUAUUUAAUUGCUGCAAGGCCUCAGCGUGUGUCUACAUGUCCUAGUGUUAAUCUGACACUGGUAUUUGUGAGCAGAAAUACUGCACCAAACACUUGCUCCAACUCUUAUAAUGCUCCAUGUUAUUACAAUGAAUACUACUCUUCUACCUAAAAUAUAAACAAUAUUUUGCUUAGCAUGACUCGUUUGUGACCACUUGGACCUGUCUAUUUCUUUUUUUUUGUGACGGCAGAUAAGAACCAUUCGGCCCAUCUAGUCUGUUGCUGUUGGACAGUAAAGAGAGGGUUUAAAAAUUAUAGGAUCCUCUGUGUCUUGAAAUAAAAUAUAAAAUUCCCCUAACAGGGAUUUUAAAUUACAUACAUCUAUGAAGACAUAAUGUCUCCUGGCUUAAAGGGACACUAUAGUCACCAGAACAACUACAGCUUAUUGAAUUUGUUCUGGUGAGUAGGAUCAUUACCUUCAGGCUUUUUACUGUAAACACUGUCUUUUCAAAGAAAAUGUAGUGUUUACAUUACAGCCUAGUGAUAACUUCACUGGCCACUCCUCAUAUGGCUGUUAGAGAUCCUUCCUGGGUCAUGGCUGCCUAAAAUGCAUCCAAACAUUCAGUACCUCCUCCCUCUGCAUGCAGACACUGAACUUUCCUCAUAGAGAUUCAUUGAUUCAAUUCAUCUCUAUUAGGAGAUGCUGAUUGGCCAGGGCUGAGUUUGGAUUGUGCUGGCUCUGCACCUGAUCUGCCUCUUUGUCAGUCUCAGCCAAUCCUAUGGGAAAGCAUUGUGAUUGGCUCAGAACACAACUUCUGAUGACCCAAGCCAGCAGAUUAGGAACAUAAACAGCAGGUGCCUGCAAUAUAGGUAAGAUUUUGCUAUAUUUAAAGGGGAGGCUGGAUGGUGUCUUUAACACUAUAGGGUCAGGAAUACAUGUUUUGUAUUCCUGACUCUGCAGUGUUCAUUUUAAAGGGACAUUCUAAGCAAUACAACCAUUACAGUUCAGUGUGUUGGUUAUGUUGCUUUGAGUGUCUUGGUGCCAUACACCAAAUUCGUGUAAAAUACUGAAGUAACAGUUUUACAUCAACUAAGGCCCUUCCUGACUGCCCCCCUUUCUUCAGCUGCAUUGAUAAUGUGGAUUUUACACUUCCCCCUUUAUCAAUGUAAGUUUUGUCAAACCUAUAUGUUGACUUCGGGCCAGUGAAAGGAUUUUUGCCACCCUAGGCAAACACAAAUUUGCCCCACCCAUAUGAUCUGCCAUAUGGGCCAAUGCCAAUUCUGUAUACAGUUUCUUUUAUCUGAUAAUACAGUGUGUUUACAUUAAAAAGCCUGCAGGGACAGGCUAUAGACCCCAGAACCAUUACAUUAAGCUGAAGUGGUUCUGAUGACUAUAGUGGCCCUUUAAUGUGAGGCAAAUUAGAGAUUAGUGCAACUAAUAAUAUACUAGAUUUCCUACUUACCACCAGAUGAGGAGCACAAGAGGAUGAUGAUGGGCUCAGGCUGCAGUCUGGUGUAGAAGAGGCUCUCUGGAGGCUGUUUGUAACAGUGCUCACAAAAAUCAACAAACCGGAAGCAGCUCCAUUUUUGGGGCCCCUUAACACAGCUCAAGCUCCGGGCCCCCAGGGCCUGACCGUGAGUAUGCCUACAAGGCCCGCCCAUAAGUCCACCUACAUGGCCCAUACAUAAGUUCGCUCACAGGGAGUGUGUAGGGGAUGUGUUGUGUGUUAUUGUAGAGGAUGUAAUAUGUGUGCUUAUGGAACGUAGUGUGUGUUUGUGUACGUGUGUUAGUAAUGUAAUGCAGUGUGUGUCUGUAAGGGGUGCAUUGAGUUUGUGUAAGUUAUGCAUUUUGUUUCUGUGUGUGUGCGUAAGGGAUACAUUGUGUGUUUUGGUGUGUCUGUGUGUGGGUAGGGAUGCAUUGUGUGUUUUGGUGUGUCUGUGUGUGGGUAGCGAUGCAUUGUGUAGUGUGAAAGAGAGGGUUUGUGGGGUAGGAUAGGGGCUGAGAGAGAAGCAGCUCUUUUUUUAUUUUUAUAGUGCUCUCCCCUCCUGUCAAUUAGUGAUCUCCCCUCCCCUCCUGUCCCUUAUUGCUCUCCCCUCCUGUCUCUUUCUGCUCUCCCCUCAUGUUCCUCUGUGAUAUCCCUCCCCCCUCCUGUCCCUUAGUGAUCUCAUAUAAUGUGUCGUCGUCCCCCCCACCCCCCCUUGGUGAUCCUCCCUCUCACCUACCCCCUUAGUAUUAUUUCCCCCCUCCCUGUGGUGCCUCCUUCCUAUCUUUGUAGCGUGGCCGGGCAGCGCGGACAGGAGCUCCUGUUUCCUGUACCUGGCUGGACUGACAGGAAGUGCUCUCUCCGCACCGCCCGGCCAUGCUACAUUGAAUGACUGGCAGGAGAGAGCUCUGUGCGCUUCCCUCCUGCCGGUUCACUCAAAUCUGGGCCCCCUAGGCGACUGCCUAAGUCGCCUAUAGGACAUGUCGGCCCUGCUUAGAGUGCUAGCUAUGGUGUUGAUUAGAAUAUAAUGUUAAAGGGACACUAUAGUCACCAGAACAACUAUAGCUUAAUGUAGUUGUUCUGGUGAGUAUAAUAAUUUCCUUCAGGCAACUUCAUACAAACAUUGCCUUUUUAGAGAAAAAGAUGGCCACUGGAGGUGCUUCCUGGGGCAGUGCUGCAGAGUAGGUAGCACUGCCGUUCAGCGUCUUCACGCUCUGCUCAUUGAUUCAAUGCAUCUCUAUGAGGAGGUACUGAUUGGCCAAAACUGCGUGUUGCCUUGCCUCCUUGCCUUUUUUCCUUGCCUAUGGUAAAGCAUUAGAUUGACUACAAAAUCUAAUGAUGUCAACAAGAAGGCGGUUCAGGGGUCAAGCCAGCAUCGGCAGACCCCCUUCUAAGGGGGGGGACAAACCACCUAAAUGGUUGUUUUAACACUACAGGGUCAGGAUUACAUGUUUGUGUUCCUGACCCUAUAGUGUUCCUUUAAAGUUCUAUUGAUACAUGAUACAUUUAUUGCACGAUGUAAAACUGCAUCUCUUAAAGAAUAUAUAGAGAAUUAUAAUCUAGAGAUACAUUGUCCAGAGUUCAGCCAUUACAUGUAUUACUGGAUUAUCAGGUAAGGUGUGGAUUGUAAACCUUUCACACAUUGCUUACAAUACCUACAUUGCUGUGGUCAAAGAUUGGAAUAGAUGACGAAAUAGAGUAGAGUGUUUGGGUGUGUUGCUUAUAAGAGGCAGCUGUUACAUUCUGUUAUUGUUCACUCUUUCCUGUCCUGUUUACACUUUGCCUGCGCCUUUAAAGUGAAUCACAGAGGGCCACACUAGGUCACAGCACCAAAAAACAAAUAUUCCUCUAGAGUUUAUCUUUAAAUAACUGGAUUACAGAAUGGCUAAUUGGGUAAUAGCCAGGGGAACGUUCUGUUUGUCCACAGCGUUCUACUGAAUUGUCUAGUUCUGUUAACAACUUUCCCUGAGAAAGCGCAUAGAAAGUACUUUAAGUUUGUCCACUAUUUUGUCCCUAUACUUGCGUAUAUUCUCUCCUUUCUGUAUUGUAUGGCAUUGGAUCACAUAAAUAACAUACAUAUAUAAUUAUACAGCUAGUUAACUAGGUAAACCCUGCACUUGUCAUGAACUGCAACAACGUGUUAUCUAAAUUCAGGAGACCAUUAUUACAGUAUAUGUAGAAUAUCAUAUCAGUAUGUCUUUUCCCAAACUAUAUUCCACUAAUAUAGACAUGUCAUUAUGUUUUUUUAUUUAAAUUGGUUAGGAUUAAGGUGAGGGUGCCUUUCAAUUUAGGGAGGGGAGUCUGCCCAAGAGUGAUGGUUGUUACACUCCUGCAGUUUCUCACAAUAAUGAUAUGUCAAGUGAAGAACUCCUCAGCUCCUCUCUUGACAUAAUCUUAGGAGAAGGGCUGAAUUAAGCUUGUAUACGGUUGUCCGGGAAUGUAACACCCAUUAAUCACUGGCUGGCCCAGGACAUAGUUGUAAAUUAAAUACUCCUCACAGUGCCAGUUAUGAAUUGCAGAGACUAAUGCAAUGUGCAUUAGUGAGAAAACAUUAUCUAUCUGUCUAAUAUUAUUAUUUUAGUUUUAUUACACCAGUAAUUCGAAUUUACAUUUUUGUUUGUCAAUGAAAAAAUACACUGACCAAAAUCAUCAGUAACCUGUCAAAUUCAAUAUUGGGUUUGAUUAAAGUUCAAAUAAAUUAGCAGGCUUUUGCCAAAUUACAAUUAAUGUUUGUUGAUGAGCUCAGAACCUAUCCCUAUUGCCAAUAAGGUUGUUUACUAAAGUGAGGAUUCAAAGUGAUUUUCAAAUUUAAAGGGACACUAUAGUAUUCCUAAUACUAUAGCGCUGGACUACCUAUUUAGCUGUCCAGCCUCCCUCAGUAAGGAGAUAGAAGGUAUUUUACUUCUCUAUACUUCAUAGCUGAGAUCAUCCAAAGAUUGGAGGCUAUUGUGCAUGCAAGGCAAAACACUGGGCUGCGCCAAUCGGCAUCUCCUCAUAGAGAUGCAAUGUUUCAGCACUGAAAGUGGGUCCCUGAAAAACCCCAGUCUAAAAUUUACAAUCUGUUACUAUGUGCCUGGCCAAAACAGGGGACUCAGGGCUAUCCGUAACAAAUGGCAAAAUGCUGGGGGAUAAAAAAUGGGAGAGGAGGGGGCAGGGUACCUGGGCCAAAAACAGACCAUGGCAACACUCUGAAUGCUGGUGCUUGUAGGAGAAAACUACACUGAUUGCACCUGGUGGAGGCGAAGGGCACUACAGUGGACCACUGGGAAAAGGUAACCAGAUGCUGCAGGCCAGUGUUUUCCAUUUUGUGUUUGUGUCUGUAACAUUGUUUGUGUAACCAGGUGUGCCAUUUAAAAAAAUAUAUAUAUGUGUGUGUGUGUAUAUAUGUAUGUAUUUUUACAGUGGAAAUUGGGUGGUCUUAAGGGGGCUAUCAAAUAUAUUUGGGGCUAAAGCCGCAGGGGCUUACUCACCUAGCAACAUCACUGCUGAUACUGCUAGAGGGGAAUUGUGACUUCCACAUAAUGGCCUGACCCCUCGUUUUGUGAUAGACUGCUUGAAAUUUCUAAAGGACCACUACAGGCAUCCAACCAACUUCAAUUCAAUGAAGUGGUCUAGGUGCAGUAGCCUAGUCAUUUUAGCUCUUCCAUAUAGUACAUCGCUAUUAAGUAAAUACGGCAAUGUUUUGAUUGAAGGGUUAAACAUGCCUCUAAUAGUUGUCUUCCUGACAGCUACUAAAAAUGCUUACACUGCAAUAAAGGAGUUUUACUUUCAUAUGACAUUCAGCAUUCCUGGGGAUGUCGAACCUAAUCAACUGCUGCUCGUAGGGAUGCAUUUGACUCGAUACUUCCCGAUUAAAAGCAUUAGAUUGGACGUGUGCUCGCCACAUCUCGUCCACAAUGGUUCUCUGAGAAGCAAUGAAUUGGACAAUCAUUAGGGCAGGUUUGCCUCCAUGAUAACAUUGCGGGAGAAGGAGCAGGCAGAGGCACUGAGUGAGUCUCAGUGCUGGAGAAGAAGUAAAUACAAAUAUAUUUCUUUUUUUACCCUUUUUCCAAAAGGUGUGCAUAAAUCUAAAUAGGGAGAGACUAGAACACGAACGCUAUAGUGUUAUUUUAACAGAAUAAUUUGGCUCCAUAUACAAAACCGGAUAUAGUGGUUACAAUGGUUAUGGUUUUCCUUUCAAAUAAACCAGUUUAAUUUUAAUUUUUUUUUUAAAGCAUUUAAUAUCUUUUUAUUUAUUUUUGUAUUUGCACCCACUUGGGAUGUAUUGCUCUUUCUGGUUUUAAUAACUUUAAGUUAUGUCAGCUUUAAUUAAACAAAGAUUAUUUUAUGAAACCUGAGAUCCAAUCAUUCGAUUAAGUGAAUAAUUACAGUCUUCUAUUUAUGGGAUAAUGAGAAUUCUUCAAACUCUUUAACGUCUGUGCUCUUUCUCUAGGUUGUGGUGUAGGGAGGUCCCUGUCUUUCUUCAUACUUUCUGUAAGUGCUGCAACUUUGUGCACACCUCUGUGAUCUGGUUAGCACAGUGUGUGCAGGAACAAUGUACAAACACCUUUUUAAGUCAUUCAUCCACAAGCGUGGUGACCAUCUUAAAGGACACUUAUGCUGGCUGUGCGAAUUUCAAGUUGCACUCGGCAGAGGAACAAUUAAAACCACAACAAGAGUCCCUGGUUUAGUAUUGUUAAAGGAUCACUAUAGGGUCAGGAACACAAACAUGUAUUCCUGACCCUAUAGUGCUAAACCCACCAUUUAGAUGGCUUAGCCCCCUAUAAAAGUUUAAAACUCACCUUCUUUCCAGCGCCGUGUGAGUCGGCAGUGAAAAGGCAGUGUUUACAUGAAAAUGCCUGAAGGGAGCUAUUAUACUCACCAGAACAACUACAUUAAGCUGUAGUUGUUCUGGUGACUAUAGUGUCCCUUUAAAUAUACAGUGGGACCUCUGUUUACAAAUGCCUCGGUUAACAUAAAUCGGUUUACAAAUGAAAAUCCAUUGAAAAUAAUGCCUUGGUUUAUACCUUUUUUUUUUCGCAAUACAAAGCAAGUUUCCCUAGGAUGCAUUGCACCUGGGAGGUUUAUAGCACUGCCCCCUGAAUGCUGGAGCCUGUGGGUAGCACGGGGCGUUUUAGAGCCAUUCUGUAAAUUGUUUGCAGUUGUUUUGGGACUUUUUGGUGCAUUUCUCAAGCUGUGGAAAGGUAGGGAGCUGAGCUUUGUCGUUUGCAUGCCUUUUAUUGUGUGUUCUGCAUUGUGGGUUGGUUUCCAUGCCAGCUUAUUUUGACUUUUUUCUGACCUCCAGAACGGAUUAAUUGGUUUUCAAUGCAUUCCUAUGGGAAACCGCGUUUUGGUUUCCAAAUUUUUCGCAAUAAGAAACGUCCCGGAGAACACAUUCAAUUCGUAAACCGAGGUCCCACUGUAUUCUAUUAUAAAAAAUUAUGUUUGGGGUCUAUUCACUAAAAUGUUGAUGAUCAAAUAUUGAAUACAUCAAAUAUUAAAAUUCAGUCCAAAAUAUUUAUUUUGGUAAAAAUAAGAGAAAAAAAUAUCGUAAGACAUAAUUAUGUCAAACAACUGCUCGUAGCCUAAAUCUUGCUGUUUGCUUGUCAACAUGCCACUAAUCACUGCUCCAGUUUGUGUGUAUUUCACAAUUUACAAGGAUCCAAAAAAACGUUCUAAAAUUUCCCCCUGCUCAAUACUUCCCCAUUCCAUAGUUAUCGCUUAGGCAGAAUGUACGUACAUCACGGUAACGUUUGAUGCUUGUUAAUUUGGUGGUGCUGAAAGGGUUAACGGCAUUUGGCAUGACUGAAUCCUGUCUACAGAUAUUUUUUACUCAUAAUGAGGAAGGCGAAACCUUCACAUAUAAUAUUUUUGAGUGUUGUGGAAUCCCCUGAUUGUAGUCACACCUCAAAACCACAGUACAUAUUCCCUCUAAGCACAAUAAACAGUGGUUAUGGUGUUGAGACCGUACAAACCAACACAGCACAAAAAACCUCUUAAAAAAACAGCACAUUUGGAUACAUCACAGUACUCUUUUAAUAUAUAUAAUUGACCUGCUUUGUGAACAGCCAUUUCCCAUCACCCAAACCUUUUUAUGUAUUUUUUUUCUUUUCUUCUUACAGGCAGUGGAAGAGGUUAACAAACAGCUUAGAGAACUGUAUCCCGAUAGCGAAGAACUCUUUGAUAUUGUUCUGAUGACAAAUAAUCAUGCCCAAGUUGGCGUAAGGCUCAUAAACAGCAUCAAUCACUAUGGUAAGUAAAAUAAACAGCGCUGUGUGGAUACUCGCUACUAUGGGGUAAAGGAAGCAUUUAUUCAGUCUAACCCUGCUUCGGACAGCUCCUUUUAAUGUGGCUGUGUUUAUUUGCUUAUGUCAGAGUGUGGGUGACAACGCAAAUUUUUCACCUUUCAACAAAUGCAUGAUCCCAUAGCAGUAGACUUAACUUGUCAUAUUAGAAUCACAGUGGAAUGACAGGCCUCUCUUCUGCAUGCAUCCCACUCAUGUCAUAAACCCCCAUUCAGAAUCUCUCAUGAUAAAGUUGUCUAACAGGGGGAUUAAGCCAAGAUAUUUAAGGCUGUGAGUAAUGAUCACUGACACCCCCCUCCUGUUUCUUGCCAGCAGGACGUGUUGGAAGUUAAAAGCAAAUCCUCACCACCGAGGGGCAGCUGUGAAGCAAUCUCUCCUUUAGUUUUAAGGUCAACAGAUAGCGCUAUGGGAGGGGGUAAUCUGGAUAUUCAGCUGCCCCCAGGGUGGUCUUGCGAAAGACUUUCAUCAUGACACCUAUGUCAAGUCUCUGAGAAUAACAAAGCCCAAAUGUUUCCAUUUCAAGUUAAAGAUAGAAUAAACUACAGCCUUUUCAAUGAGGCCUAAUGGCAUAUGGAGGAUUCAAAUGAUUUCUUUUAAAGCGUAGUUUUUUUCUUUUAUUUUUGUGUAAUGUUGGAAGGACAGAACAUUAGUUAUAUAUUUUUUUUUUUUUCUUCAUAAAGUUAUCUGCGGAUAUGCAUAUGUUCAGCAAAAAAAUUAUUUAAAAUUGUUGCCAAAAAAAAGUGUGUGAUUUUAUGUUAAAUGGAGUAUCUAAAACCUAAUACCAAUGGGUUACAUUACACUAGUUUGCAGUACAUUAUGAAAAAUGUAUUCUAUUCAUUAUCGGGCCAUGAGUUCUUUGUACCAUAGGGGAAUCAUAGCAUUGCAGCGAGACUUAAAAAAAACAACUUUAUUUAUUGCAACUCGGAUAUUUUGGGCAGAUAUUUCCAUAGAUUGCGGUUUAUAAUAUAAUUUUUUUUAAAGAAUAUUUGCAGAUCUUUUUGAAUAAUUUAAUCCACAGCAUUUUUUUUAUCAUGUGUCAUUCUGUAAUUUGUUUCCAAAUUCUACACUUACAUUUUAGACAGAAUCAACGGUCUUUUCCCAUAAUUUGUAAUAUUUACUGAUUCCCUAUAUUUAAAGAGACACUCCAGACCCCUUAAGCAUUUUAGCUUGCUGAAGAGCUUUGUGUGAAUGAAGAGUGUGUCCUCUGUUGUGUGGUUUUUUUUUUUUAUUUUUUAUUUUUUUAUUUUACAAAAAGUGCAGUUUAAUAGAAAUUGACACUUUUAUAAAUUAUAAAUUUUAUAAAUGAUUACGCCCCUCUGGCUGUCAACUAGACUACCGUUCUUGUUAUUUCCUGGUUUUGAUAGCUCAGUGGAGCUAAACUCAAGAGGCAGCAAUUGCCCAGAGCACCUGCCUUGCAUGAAUUCUCAUUGAUCUGCAUUGCAAAGUCUGUGAUUGGACAGCCACAGAAAGUCUGGGUGGUUUAGAAGGGGAGAGUUCCAUCUGGAAACGGAGUGCCUCUAUCGUGAGUCUUUGCUAUAAGGUCUGCCAUUUGCUUCUGGCAGUCAGUAUAAAGAAACAAGAAACCGUGCCAGGUCUAGAUUGGAUUGUGAUUGUCAAAUGGUAACGGGGGAACUAUUACUGGAAUUUCAAAAGCAGGGUGGAGUGCAAAGAGGCAAAAAAUGGGGGGGUUGUGAACCUGUGUCUAAAUUAAUUAGUUAAACCGUAGAAAGAUAUAAAUUAAUAGGAGCAGCAGUCUACGAGAAGAAAAAUCUUCAACCUUUCCACUAAAUAGUUUUAAAAGCUUAAAUUGGAAUGUGUACGUCAUUACAAUAUAUUGGUUCUAAAAAAAGUUAAAUAUUUUUUUUUUUAUUUUUUUUUUAGAACUAUUAUAUUGUAACUAGGCCAAAUUUAAGCUUUUAUAACUUUUAAUAAAACAUUAAAAAUCAGAUAUAACUUAUGUUAACCUUUUUGUUUCUUUUUUUAUUUAAGAUUUGUUAAAAGACAGAACUUGGGAUAACAUUGAAAAUGAAGAGGAGAAAUCGAAAGAUUACUUCAUUUCUUCUCUAUGCUGUUUGUCCAGUUCAAAGAAUAGAGUUUAUAACAAAGGCUGACAGGCAGAUAAGAUUGCGCCCAGUUGCAGAACAAAGAGAUGUGCUUUUCUACAUUAUAUUUUUCACACCUCACAUAUGCACAUUUAUUCAAUAUGUACAGAAUAAGUAAACAAAAAAAAAAAAAAAGGCUCUCCCUUUUAUUGUGCAUCAAUAUGAAGACAGACCUUUGAUUAACUCAAGCUAGAGUGUUUCAUUCAGUGGUGUAAUUUCCAAAGAUGUGAUGGUUCCGCAUUAAACCGCAAAUUUUCAAUUCUCUGAUGUUUGUAUCCAGACUUAUGUAAAUACUUAGAAAUCUUCAUACAAGAUACCAACUUCAAAUAAAAAGAUUAAAAGGACACUCCGAGCAGGAAAUUACCCAUUUAAUGCAUUGUACAGAAUGGAUAACGCACAUAAAAAAUAAAUUAAAAAAAAUGUAAAAAAAAGAUUGCAUCAAAAGCUUUGAGCAUUUCAUAUGCUCGGAAGUACUGUAGCCAAUCAGAAGCCUCUCAAUCUACUCAGUGGAGUCUGAACUGUGAACCUUCUAACUGCACAGCAGUGCAAAGAUGUAAAAGCAAAUCGGGCACGAUUUGCGCAGAUUAGAUAUGUGAGAGUAACUAGUGAAUUUCUUUUCAAUAGACGCCAUUAAAUAUUCAAAAGUUCUCUGAAAUGAAUUUACUGCUCAACAUUUACGGAUGUUACUCUUGUCUUAGGUUUGAAUAUUGAGCGCUUCUGCAUGACGGGAGGUAAAAGUCCAAUUGGUUACUUGAAAGCCUAUCUAACUAAUCUGUACCUAUCGGCAGACUCUGAGAAAGUUCAGGAAGCUAUUCAAGAAGGUAAGUCCCCUGUCUCAAAUAACCAACUAUGCAUCCACAGUGACAGUGCAUAGUGCGUAGCACCUAAAAAUCUACGUAGUAAUGAGUUACUGUUCCCCUCUCCACAAGAUGCUGAGGCUCUCGAAGGGUUAAAACCAAUAGGACCAGAUGAUGUAAAUAAUGCAAGUUUGAUUGAAGACCAAAUAAAAUCUAUAAUAUUCUAAUACUUCAAAACCAAAUAUAAGAAAUAGUACCCAGAUCACAAAAGAAAUGAGCUGAAAAAAUUUAUUUUGCGACAAAAAAAUGUCAUCACCUUCCAGCUUGGCUGGCUUUUGAGCUCUGAACAGACUGACCUUUGACAGCUAAGACCUUUAUAUAGGCCUCUUCUACCUUGAAUCCUCCGUAACUGUGCUGUGAUUGCUUAGCUUUGAAGCCAUCUAAUGCUCAGGUCUCUGAUGGGCAAGUCUCAAUUUCCAUAAGACUUUCAUGUUAAUGAUUACUAUGAGACUUUGCAUCUCCUGGCCCAUCGUGGACAUCUUAGGGGGACCAGGAAGAUCGUCAACUUCUGACCCCAUUUACCCUUUAUAAAUCGUCACCCAUCUGCCCUUAUAGCGAAGAAAGGGGUUUGGGCCACUUGUAGUUCCCCUACCUUCCAACUCAUCACAUGCUACACAGGCUUCUACUGAUAUUAUUGUGGUUCUUUUUUUAAAAGAAAGAGCUGAUUGUCUCUUUCUUAUCACAUGCAGAUAUAUAUAUAUAUAUAUAUAUAUAUAUAUAUAUUCUAUAAUAUAUUUCUUUAUAUUAUUUCACCUUUCAGUACCACAGAUGAGAGAAGUGCAUUGUAUAUUCGCAAACAGAGAAAGAAAUUGAGUUCUGUGCAUCCAGUUAGUAUGUGCACACCCAGGUGCUACUACAGUUUGAGGACACAAUUCAAACAAACAUUUCAGGCACAAGCCCUUUUUCAAUGCUAAAGGACAUUAGCCAAAAACAUUUGUUUGAAUAGUGUCCUCAAACUGUAGUAGCACGUGGGUGUGCACAAACUGACUGAAUGCGCAGAACUCCAUUUCUUUCUACACUGGAAAAUGGUGGGAGCCUCUGCAGCUCAGGUUUAAUCUUUUUGUUUUUAUACUAAGACUGUGCAGGCAUAUUGUGUGCCUCUACUUUAUCCUCAGCAUAGUGCAUUGUAUGUUAAUUAGACGUGUAGUGAAUAGAAAACCAAAUAGCAAUAAAAAAGGCCUGACAUUCACUGUUUAGUGAAUAAAACCUAAAGGGACAUUUGUGUAGACUAUAACAGGUGCUGAGCAAAACUUUUUAAUAGUUUCCUGCUGGGGUUGCCUUAGCUUGUAAUUGGAAAAUGCACCUUUUUUUCCAAUAUGCAUAAUGGUAAACCGUAAGUGGUGGUCGGUAUCAGUAGAGACAGAUUACAUUCAUUGUGAUAAAAGCAGUAGCAGAUCAUGGAAACCUAUGUUUGAUCUAACAAUUAAAGCUCGAAUUUCCAAUCAGAAUUAAAUCUCACUGCAAGAUUUGAAGGAAAAACACUAGCUGAUCUUCUUUGCUUUUUCCAUCCUGCAGAAAGGGACAAGUCAGGUGAAAAAGCAGACUCUACAUCAUACAGCACUAUUCUUUUAAAAUCCAAAGGGCAUUUAAAAAGUAUUUUCUUCUACAAAGGUUAUUUUUUAACUUUAAUGACCGUUAUAAUACGAGUAAUAAAAUAUAUUACAUGCAAUGGAAACUAGCUAAUUGAAAGAAGAAAAUGCUAUUGCAAGAGCGAUGUUUGGUGUUUCCAAAUUCUGCAUGGAGACGCUGAAUGUUUCCCAUAAGUCGAUGCAUGUUUAUGAGGAGAUGCAUAAUGGCGCGGAGAUUGCUGUGCAUGCUCACUGCCCCCUAUAGAGAGGCUAGUGAACAUGCGCGGCAAAACACAGCCUCAAAUGCUGCUCUAGGAAUCUGACAUGCUUCUUACUGGGAAGUGCCUCUGAUGGCCGUCAGGAAGACAGCCACCAAAGAUGUAUGUAAAAUCUGCAAUGGAACCUUUUACAUUGCUGUGUAAACAAUAAAGUGAUUUAACUCCUAAAAUGACAGAUUGAGCAGUGAGACUGCAGAGGCAUGAUCUAUACAUCAAAACUGCUCCAUUAAGCUAAAGUUGUUUUAAUGCCUAUAGUAUCCCUUUAAAGACUGGAGGAUGCAGUCCCCGGACCCAAAGAUUUCCCAGACCCCCAUCUUUUAAAAAAAAAAAUAUUCUCUAACUUCCAAGUUGUGUUCUUGUGUUCUGAUUUUCUCUCCCACUUCCUUAAUUUCCUCUAUAUUGCUACCUUUCUCUAAUCACUCUCAAUCUCCAUUCCCUCAGUAUUUACAUUGAGCUGCAAAAAUGUAUUUAUUUGUAAAUUGCAGGUAUUGCAGCGGCCACUAUGUUCAUGGGAAAGAAAAACCUGGUUCUCCCAGACAAGGAGCUAAGAGUGGCAUUUGAUGGGGACGCUGUACUUUUUUCCGAUGAAUCAGAAAUAAUUGUCAAAGAAAGGGGCUUGGACUCCUUUUUCGAACAUGAGAAGACAUUUGAGAAUAAACCACUGGCACAGGUAAAGAGAUCACAGUAAUUAUAUUUCCAAUAGACUGUAAGCUCUUUUGACCAGGGUGCUCCAUUUUGGUUCCUUGUGUGUCCAAUCCAGUGCUGUCUAUCGUUGGCCCUUCCUCAGUGUCCAAACUCUUUAAUCUCUGUCUAUAUAGGACUGUUUGUAAUAUAAGGGUCUCCUACUGUCUGCUUAUUUAUUUAUCGACCGUAUUCAGCUACCAAUCGUCAUUGGGAGUCACUAUGUCUGUAUCUUUGCUCUCCAUAACAAACAAAUUGGCAGACUUUGUUACUGAUCAGAGUUCAGCAAGGUUUCAGCUCCUAAAGAAUCCUUUCACAAGCUCAGCAUGAGUGACUGCUGACCAAUUUAAUGAUUUCAGUCAUCCAGUGGCUCUCUCAUUUCAAAAAGGAAUCGUAAGUAACAAUUUAACCUGCAAUUUACAUAGACAAACUAUUUAUUUCUGUGAAAAUUAUAAGGUUUUUGUUCAUAAAUCUGUUUUAAUUAUGGAAGCUGGUUAGUUGUUGUUAUUGUAUUUGCAGUUAUUAGAGGACACAGGGCCUUCUCUUUGUCAUGUUAUUUUGCAAUUACAUUUGUUUUUACAAUAUUUUUUUAAGUAUUCUGCCUCUCAUGGUAACACUAUUAAUGAAUGCAGGACAUUAUGUAGAUAACAUCACAUCCCCUAAACCACUUGCCCUUUUCACUGUUCAUAGGAACCAUUGUGAAGAAAUGACACGUUAGUGGUCAUAGUUAUAAACAAAUCAGGAAUUUGUACUCUGCCUGCACUAUGCUCCCUCGCGCUGUCUAAUGAGGCAGGGACCCGGAAUAUGAUGUCAUUCCGGCCCUGGCAUCAUUACAAAGCGCGAGGAAGCUACAGGCAGAGUACUGCUCCUUCGCACACAGAGAGCAGCCCCACUGGACCCCAGGAAAAGACCCACUCAGCUCUCCCAAAGGUUUCAAUAAAAAUAAAAAUGUGCGAGCCUGUUGUCAGCUUAAGUGUGUGUGUGUGUGCGCAUUUAGGUACCUGCCCCCUCUGAUCUCAUGAGGAAGGUGUAUUUACUCCCCUUUUUUCCCUAUUUCCCACUCAGUGCCAGUUUUGCCAUGGCUGAAAUUAUCAGUCUUUGAUCUCGGCUAAACCAAUGCUUUCCCUUAGGAAAACAUUGUGAGGAUUUUGUGCAUGCGCAGCAAAUGUACCAAUCCGCAUCUCCUUAUAGAGAUGCAUUAAAUUAAUCUCUAUUAGGAACAUUCAGCACCUCCAUGCAGAGCUUGGAGACACUGAACCUGGGUGCUGCACAUGGUGCAGCAGUGACCCAGGAGACUCUAGUGGCCGUUUGAGUGACUGUCACUAGAAGUGUUACUAAGCAGCAUUGUAAAGUGUUUACACUGAAACGCCUGCAGGGACAGACAGACUAUAGACACCAGAACAACUACAUCAAGCUGUAGUGCUUCUCGUGACAAUAGUGUCCCUUUAAGAUUUGCGUUUUCUCGUUGAAAAUGACUGGCUCCUGACUUUUUUUUAGCUGGCUCCUAUAUUUUAAACAGAUUUGUCAAGCCAUGACUUAAAAGCUAGCCGACUUAAAGGGACACUCCAGAAAGGGCAAUUCAACUUUCUGAAGUGUUUUAUGUGUGAAGAGUGUGUCCACUUUUCUUUUUUUUUUUUUUUGCAAAACAUGCAGAUUUCAAUAAAUUAGCACUUUUAUAAAUUACCAUGUUGGUAACCACCAUUCCCCACCCCACCGAUUGUGAAUCAGACAACUGGUCCUGUUACUUCCUGGUUUGAUUUGUUCGGUGGAGUUAAACUUGAGAGGCAGCAAUUGCCUAGAGCACCUGCCUUGUAUGAAUUCAACUGCAUUGGGAUGUCUGUGGUUGGACAGCCACAGAAAGUUUGGGCGAGUUUAGAAGGGGGGUAUAUGCAAAGGCUACAGACUAGAUUCGCAAGCUGUUUUUAACGUAUAAUUACAUGCAUUGUUUUAUUGAGGGUAUAUCUACUAAACAGUGAUUAUUAUUUUUUCGGAGCAGUGGAGUCCCUUUUAGGCAAUAUAAGUUUAUUUUCAUAGAUGAGUAAAGAUUUCAUUUUGUGUACUUUUCAAUUUUGUACUUGUGUACUUUUCAAAUUUAAGUGCUGGUAAAUUGUAUUCCUGUCAGCUGCAAGGGGGAGUGUUCAUUCAGGCUCUGUGUACGUUUCGUUCUGCUGUGUGAAUCCGGAGCAGGUGAUUUUCUGUGCGUGGUGAGAGGCUAAUAUUGCUGCAGUGCAGAGCCAGGAGCUAGGAGAAAGCAUUCUGGUUGUAUUAGUUAUAGUUCUGCAUUCCUGAAGUUUGUCAGCUGCCUGUGAGCUCCUCUCUUCAGUCUGUGCAGGGACAGUACCUUUUUAUGGUCCUUCUCCGUUGAAACGCUUUAUUCUCCAUCCCUGAUUCAGAUGUGAAGCUCUUUGCUCACUGUGCCUAUAUGGGUAUUGGCUGCACCUAACUGAUAAGAUCCAAAGAGAGCUGAAAUGACUGUCUGGGGCUGCUGUGUGUUUUUGGAAGAGGUUGUCUGCCUGGCAUUCAGUUCUGGUCUGUUCUUAUGAAUGAGGUCUGUCUUAUGUGCCAUUACAAAGGGGAGCUAAAAUGUGUUUAUAACAGAGUCAGGACUAAUCGAAGGCCAGGUAAUGAGGUUUUAUCCUUUCUCAGUGUUGUCUAUAACUUUGUUUUGAUAUAUACAGUCGUGAGUCAGACAACCGUGUAAAAGAAACAGAAAAAAAAUUCUAUCUGACAUUACUAUAACUUACACGUACCCCAUUUUAUUUUACCAAAAUAUAUUCUUUAAAAAGGAUUAUUCACUGCCCAUCAAUCCUAAACUCCUUAGAUAUCUGGGACCGCCUGGGCAACAAAUACUCCCUGGCCAGAGCCUAGUCCCCAAUGACGCCAAUCCUACACAAGACAGUUCCCCCCCCUAGACAUGGGACCACAAGCCUUCAAAAACCUUAAAACCGCUGGACUACAAAGAAUACACCUUCUAUGGCAGGGGGACUCAGUGAUAACAUUUGCCAGUCUGCAGGAGGGGACCCACCGAAGACCGUCAGACUUCUUCAGAUACCUACAAAUACACAACUUCGCGCUCCAGCCGGGCAUUAGGGAGGCGUCCGUAGCCACCCGUACCACAUUCGAACAUUUGUGUAAUGAAGGGGAAUACAAAAAAGGUUUAAUAUCGCGCCUCUAUUCUCACUUCACAAAAAAAAACCUCGGUAUGAGGGGAGCUAAACUAUAUAGAACACUGGGAAUCAGACCUUGGGGAGACCCUGGAGGGGGAUGAGUGGCAGGACGUUUGGGAAGUUACAUCAAAGAUCUCCCUCUGUGUCCUCUCUCAGGAACAAAUGUACAAAACCAUGUUCUGCUGGCAUGUCACUCCAGUAUUCCUAAGUAGGAUAGGUCGCAAUCUGACAGACCUCUGCUGGAGGCUCUGUGGACACAGAGGCACAUACAUCUAUAUGUGGUGGGACUGCCACAAAUUACAGUUACUGGAUGGUCCGAGACCUGGCAGCAGCAGUUCUCCAGAAGUCCCCUUGACGUUCCUGUUGUCGCGCCCAAUAGAGGGCCUCCCGAACAAAUCACAAAAAUUGCUGAACAUGAUAGCACUGGCAGCCAAAAGAGUGUUGGCAGCUGCAUUGCUGAGGAUGGAAGCACCGUCCUCGAUGGACGUGGUUACAAAAAUUGAAGACCACUACAUAAUGGGUGAGGCGCACUGUGCCUUUUUUUUUUUUUUUAAACAUGGGAACCCUGGCUGGAGUAUAAAGAAACCUCACUAUGAGUGGGGGACGAGGUGGUGGGCAUCGGCGUGGCAUUUUAUUUUAUUUUUUCCACCUUUCCGUUUCCUUGCCUCAUCUUCUCCUCUCUUUCACAAUUAUUCCUCUAACUUACCUCUAAAGCACCGUGAUUUAGGCUGAACAGUGCACUCACAGGGCACAACAACACGUAGCCGUGUGACCCAGAAUCCCAAGGAAGGGCAGCCCACCGGCAGCUUAUGCCAUGGCAAGGCUCUCAGUGGUGCGCCCUGGCUGAGGUCAUGGCCCCUCGGGAGCCAAGAAAGGAGUCUUGGCUAGUGGCCCGGUGGGGACCAGUGGUGGACAAUGGGACGGGAACACUGGAAGGUUUGAUUCGAAGAGCCAAAAGGGGGCGCACACGGACACAGAUGCAUGUGAACAACUCAAACAGCUCGAGAGGGUCUUUGAUAUAAUUAAGUUCUCAAUAAAAGGUCAAAAACCAUGGCAGAAUGCAUAUAAGCCACAGUACCACAGCAAGUUCUAGGACAUGCCUUAACUCUAUAUGGUCUUCUUUCUGUAACAAACAGCCAAAUUGGUCUGAACCAAACUUUGGCUUUUGCAAAAGCCAUACUACUGUUGAUAUUAUGUCAUCUCUGUCAUUGAAAAUAAAGAAUUUAAUAAAAAAGGGGGGUUAUUCCAAAUUUACGACCAAAGUAACCGAACUGCAGAUAUAACAGACUAUGCAAAUGUUUCCAGUUUGAAUGUUUUGAACUUAAAUUGAAUGAAUAAACCUGUAAGGGUACAAUCUCGUUCUAACCUUUUUAGAACUCAUAAAUGUUCAGUUUUAACUACAAAUUUACUUAAACGUUGCAUUUUUUUUUUCAACUCUCUGGGCCAUAGAGGGUUAACGUUAAUACGUUCUCUACUGGAUGCUACUUGUGCUCAUACACGGAGUAAUGGGUUUUCUCUGGAACCAGCACACAGCCCCCUUUGUGUUCCAUGUACAAUAACACAGGCAUGUUUGAAUGACAGCACAGUGUCAGGCUGUCAGCCAUUGUGCAUCUGAACAAAUAAAGCAAUUGGCUUUUAACUUUUCAUGCUUAAACCACUUAAUCCGUGUUCUGUUUUCACAACAUCCUGAUUGCAUUUAGCACAGCAUGUAUAACGUGGCUGACUUUCUCCAAAAUAGUGCUAUUUUGGUUAUUGAACAUUCUCAAAACACCAGAGAAAAAUUGUUAUGGAUUUUAAACUCGAUAGAAUGACAGUGCCAGGAAUGAUUGCGCAGUCAAUGUACUGACAUAUAAAUGGGUUGUGUCAACAAACAUGACAUUUACAUAUAUGAUUUGAUUUUAAGAGUUACUUUUUCAUAUGUUUGCUUUAGAAAAAUAAGUUAUGUAUGAUUUAGUAACUAACAACUUGCUACAACUAACUAUUUAUUUAUUUUAUUUUUUUUUCCCCUUGUUGACCAGGGACCUUUAAAAUGCUUUUUGGUAGCCUUGGGUAAGCUGCAGAAGAAGUUCUAUGCCAAAGGUGCACGUAUGAAUUGCCCAAUAAGGACAUAUCUGGUAACCGCCAGGAGUGCGGCCAGUUCCGGAGCCAGAGUACUGAAAACCCUACGUAGUUGGGGUUUGGAGGUCGAUGAGGCACUGUUUCUCGCAGGUGCUCCAAAAGGUCCCAUCUUGGAGAAGAUCCGUCCUCAUCUGUUUUUUGAUGAUCAGAUGUUCCACAUUGAGGGUGCUCAAGAGCUUGGUACAAUUGCAGCUCACGUUCCUUAUGGAAUCGGCCAAAAGUACAACAAGUCGACCUUAAAGGAGACCGCCAAAAAGUAGAAGUACUGUGUGAUUGUCAUGGAAGUAUUCCAGCUAAGGCUUCCAUACAGUUGCUGUAACUAAAGGUUUGUACUUCGGGCUGCCUUUCAAUUGGUGCAGGAAACAUUCUGUUGUCUUUGAACUGGUGAAUUUGGAGAUCUGUACUGUAGCUAGCAACACAGGAUAAAAAUGACCCAAAUCAACAUUAGUGCCUUAUGUUCUAAACACAAAAUAAAGAAACAUUUUUCUUAUUUGGGUAAAAAAGUGGUAGGAAUACAUUAAUCAAACACAUAACAGCGUUAAAUUAACAAAUAAAACAAAAAGGUUUUUGGUGGGAAGGGCAUAUUUUACAGAACAGAAAAAAGUCCUAAAAUUGUCCAUGCCCUCGAGGCAGUUGACCUAUGUAAACUGAAUACACUCAUGUUACUGCCAAAUGCCUUGGCUUUUAACCCAAGAUUUUUAUAUAAAACCACCCGUUGCCUUUCUAAUAAUGACAGCCAAAAACAGACAUUUUUUUUUAAUUAUUUUUUUUUUACUUUUUUUACAUUUUACAUUUUUUUUUUUUUGGUCCCCAGCAUCUGUGACAUAUAGGGUAAUUUGAAAUGAACACCCACACAAUAGAAAAGGCCCUUAUGACACCAAUUUUUACUAGUUCACUUUUCUACUUAAACAGAACACAUUAGGCAGUUAACUCGUAACUUCAGAUGUUAUUUAAAAAAAAAAAAAAAAUAAACCAACACAAUUCUCUCUUCAAAUCACAAGACGGCACAGCUGUGAUAUAAAUACAUACACCGGAAUUGAACAGUUGGCAAAAUUAAAACCAAAGGACAUUCCUUAAAAAAGAUAUUGUAUGUAUAUAAUAUAUACACAAUACAGUGUACAUACUCAGGUUACAGUAUGUAAUUACCUGUAGUUGUUGAAGAAAGUUUAUUUUGUAAUCGAAACGUUGGUCCAAAAAAUUAUUGAUACUAGCAAACCAAAAAUCUUGUUUUGUGCUUCUCAUAUAUAUUUUAUAUAUAUUAGUGUGUUCCUGUGUUAAUAGAUAAUUGGUUAUCACUACUGUACUAUUUAAUACCAUACUUUCAAAUGAAUGUGAGAAUCCACAGUUUUGGACACCCAUUAAGUGCCUGUCAUUGUUGCCAGACAUGUAGGGAGUCUGCCAUGCUGCUUAUGGCCCAGUAUGCUGUAAAUAAGUCUGGUGCCUUUUUCUGAGUUGAACUAGAGUCCAUAUUCGUUGUUAGUGGCCGUGUCAGUGGCAGUGACAGACUCCAAUCUCCAUGUUUAUCGCUUGGCUAUUGUACUAUGUAUUACCGAUUUGAGUCAGUGUCUCUGCGUCUUGCAAGGAAAUUAUGCUGGAGGUAGGAGUAAGGAAAAUAGGGUUUCUGGUGGUGGGGAUAAGCGCAUGAAGUUAAAGGGAGACUCUGAGCACCAAUACAACUUUAAUGCAUUUGAUAGAUUUUGGCCUUAUUAAUAUGCUGUAUUUCUUUGCAUGCUCAAAUCUUUAUAGCUUUUGCACAAAAUGUAUAAACGUUUUGCAGAAUGCUGCACCAUAAGCCAACCUCCUUAGCAAUGACCCCUCAUGUCAGAAAGUCUAUCUUGUCACAAGGUGUGUACACAGUCUCAACCCCUAACAGCACUGAGUGAGCGGCUUUUAAUUCACAUCCCAGUCAGAGAAACUGCAAACCAGUAGUGAUAUCCUUACUAUAUGCUUCCCCGGGUAUCCUCUCCGUCUAAUGCAGGUAGUUUUGUAGGUCAGAUCAUUCAGUACUGUAAGUAGCUGAGCUGUUGGCCUACAUUUAGUAAGGAGGCAUUCGUAAGUGAAGAGGGUGUGUGUCUAGAGAGACUGGCUUAUGGUGUAACAUUUGGCAAAACAUUAAUACAGCAUAUUAAAUGAACACCAUAGUGUCAAGAACAGAAACCUGUAACCUAACAUUAGUGUUUAACUAUUUAGGUGACAGACUCCUCUUGCAUCACAUGGGAAAGGUGUUUUUACUUGGUUUUUUUUCUCCCUCACCACAGCUGUCCGUGUCUCCAUGGCUGAGAUCAUCAGGUUGGAUGAUCUCAGCCAAUCCAAUGCAAUUCCAUAGUAAUGCGCUGGGAGGCUAUUGCGCAUGGCAGUCAAAAAUACCAGGCUUUGCCAGCCAGCAUCUCCUUAAAGAGAUGCAUUGAGACGCUGAACAUAGGUGCUGCACACUGUGACCCUGGAAGCCCAUCUAGUGGUCGUCUGAGUGACUGCCACUAGAGGAUGUUUCUUGGCUGUAAUGUAAAUACUGCCUUUUCUCUGAAAAUCUAGAAUCUACAUUAAAAAGCCUGCAGGGACAAACUGCAGACACUAGAACCACUACAUUAAAGGACCACUAUAGGCACCCAGACCACUUCAGCUUAAUGAAGUGGUCUGGGUGCCAGGUCCAUCUAGGAUUAACCCUGCCUGCUGUAAACAUAGCAGUUUCAAAGAAACUGUUAUGUUUACAUAUGGGUUAAUCCAGCCUCUAGUGGCUGUCUCAUUGACAGCCGCUAGAGGCGCUUCCGCGCUUCUCACUGUGAUUUGCACAGUGAGAAGACGUCAGCGUCCAUAGGAAAGCAGUGAGAAUACUUUCCUGUGGACUGAAUGACUGCGCGCGCGGCUCUUGCCGCGCAUGCGCAUUCAGCCAAUGACUUCGGAAGCAGGAGGAGAGUCCCCAGCGCUGAGGGAGCCCGGCGCUGGAGAACGGUAAGGGAUUAACCCCUUCCUCCCCCUUCAGCCCGGCAGGAGGGGGGCCAUGAGGAUGGGAGGGACCUAUUAAUACUAUAGUGCCAGGAAAACAAGUUUGUUUUCCUGGCACUAUAGUGGUCCUUUAAGCUGUAGUGGCUCGGGUAACCAUAGUGUCCCAAAACUAAAUGAUGUAGUAUUGGUGGCCGGAGUCUACUUUUAAAUAUUUGUUGGUGGUAUAAAGCAACUUACAAAUAAAUUGUUAUAAAUUCGUCCUGCAUUAGAUCUCAUGGGUAUGCAAACUCUUAGCAUUUCUAUCAAUACGAAAGCACUUCACGACUUAGAGGGACUAAGAGGUGAAUUGUGUAUUUGCCUUUUUAGAAUAUCAGAUUAUAUCUAUUAGGAAAGAGACAUUAUUUGUCUUUCUAGUUAUUCUUUACUAAACAAAGUUUACACUUGUGUUUAUGAAAUGUAAUACUGGGGACCUGGUUUUCUGCUCAGUGCUAAUUCACAAUGAUGGCUUUGAUGUUUUGGGUUUUUUUCACUAAAUGUGAGUUGUAGUAAGUUAAUAGCUUGCUUUCAAAGUUUAUUGUAAAAAAGCUGAACUGAAAAAAUAAAUCUUCAUUUCGGCCAAUUUGAUUAUUAUUUUCUUCUAACUUGGCUCUUUUAUCCAAUAUUUUGUAAGACCAUUGUCAACUAGUUAAAACACACUGUUUUUAGCAAAUAAUACACGCAGCUAUUUUAACAACGUUUAGAAUUGCACUGAAGUCUUGAACUACUACACAAUUUAGUAAUGUUGGCCACAAGUGAUGUUUACAAAUGGAUACCAAGUGUAAUAUUUGCAAGAAUCAAUGUUUGUUUAAUUCGAUUUUACUGAAUUUUUUUUUUAUUCUGAAUGUCAAGUGUACUGAAAAAAAAUUAUAUAAGUCUGUUUUCUUAAUUAAAAAAAAUCUAUCUAUAUAUGUUGCUGAAAUUGGUUCUGUUUUUGUAUUCUUGUAGUACUAUACAAUUGUAGCCCACAAGUAAUGUUUUAAAAAAAUAUAUAUUUUUACUUCUGAAAGUCAAAAUGGCUUUAUACAAUGUACAUCUGUUUUCUUACUUUCAUUAUAAUAAAAAAAA